GGAGGCGGGCUUUCGGGAUCGCGCAGUGCGUGCCCGGAAGCCGUCCCCGGAAGUAAGGAGGCCGAACGGGAAGAGACCGGACGGAAAGGAGACGCCCCGCUCUUGCUACGGUGGCCUGAAAGGAGUGGCGAAGUCUGUGCAAUAGAAUUUAUUAUUUCUGGGGCUCACAGUUGUGAUGUCUUUCAAGCGAGAGGGGGAUGACUGGAGUCAACUCAAUGUGCUCAAAAAGCGAAGAGUUGGGGACCUGCUGGCCAGUUAUAUACCAGAGGACGAGGCGCUGAUGCUACGGGAUGGACGCUUUGCUUGUGCCAUAUGUCCCCACCGACCUGUACUGGACACCCUGACCAUGCUGACUGCCCACCGUGCAGGCAAGAAACAUCUAUCCAGCCUGCAGCUUUUCUAUGGCAAGAAGCAGUCAGGAAAAGGAAUAGAGCAGAGUCCAAGACAGCAGAAUGAACUGGAGAGGGAAGAGACCAAAGGAGAGGCUCCUCUGUUAACCCAGACUCGACUUAUCACCCAGAAUGCUCUGCACAGAGCUCCUCACUAUAACAGUUGCUGUCGCCGAAAGUACAGGCCAGAAGCUCCUCGUCCCUCUGUCUCACCUUCCCCUCUGCUACCCCCAGAGGCUGAACAACCAAGUGGGAAACCCAGUAGCGACCCUGAGCCGGGGGCAGGCCCACAGACUAAGGAGUCAGCAGCUGUGUCAUCCCCUGCACCUAUGAGCCCCACGAGAAGACGAGCCCUGGAUCAUUACCUCACUCUUCGAAGCUCUGGAUGGAUUCCAGAUGGACGAGGUGGAUGGGUAAAAGAUGAGAAUGUUGAGUUUGAUUCUGAUGAGGAGGAACCUCCUGAUCUCCCCUUAGACUGAUACUCUCUUUCCCCAUUUAAUUCACAAAUAAACUAUAGCAGGCGCUGGCAGCCUA